AUGGCGUUAAAAGGACCGGGGAAUUCUUUGAAGAAAAAUCCAUACGGUGAUCCAACAAAAGCAAGCCCAUAUGGAAAACUACCCACAAAAUCUGUAAAGAAGCCAAAGAAAGAAAAAUCUUCGGAUGAACCAGCCGGAAGUAGUUCUAAUGGCGCUCCUGGUGUUGCGCUGAAAGAAGUGUUUGGGGUUCUUGCUGAUGAAAAUGGCCGAAUAACGUCGGCCAAACUGCGAUCCUAUGUCAAAGAACUUGGACUCGAUUUUACAGAUGAAGAAGUCAAAGACAUGAUGCAGAUGGUUGAUCCCUCAGGAAAGGGUGAAGUUUCGUACAAUAACUUGCUUGGAGUUGUCCGAGAUUUCAGCCACGAAUUUCCAACAGUGAAACUAACAGAAGAGGAAUUGACAAGAGAACUAACUAGUCUAACAACAAUCACUGAAUCAUCCACGCAAGAGAGUAACACGGACGAUAUUCAAGAAGAAGCAACAAGCAGUGGUGGUAAAAAUGUUGAUAAUAUUGACCAAGUUGAAGACAGUGUAACGGUGCCUGAUGAGACUCAAGACUCGAGACCAAAAUCAUCUCGAGAAAGAAUAGCAGAAAUUGCAAAAAGAGCUAUAAAAGACUUAGAUGACAAAAUGUCUGUCAUCAGAGAAGAUGAGGAACUGGAAGAGCCCGACGAUGUAGAAAGAGAAGAUAAAGAAUCUGGCAAUUCAAACAGACACUCAGAAUCUGAAAAUGCAGAGAAUGAUAAAAAUAUAAAUGAAGGUGAUAAAGAAGAAAAUGAAGAAGACGAAGUUUUUAUUGACGAAAACGACACAACAGGUGCGGAUGGUAAAAAUAAAUCAGAUAUAUCUAAAGACGAAACAGUCAAUACCUCUGUUUCAGCUGAAGGUAAAAAUAGUGAAUCUGAGGAUGCUACAGGCAGUGAACUCGAAACUGAAAACGAAUGUACAGAUAACAUGUCAACUCGAGCUAGUACUGUUCAGGAACAUCGUCUUGAUUCAGCAAUUUCGACAGCUGUUGGUCGAGAAAGUAUAUCUUUGAAGGAAGAAAGAGACAUUAAAGAGAAAAGGAGUAACUCAAGGAAACGUGGUACAAGUCAGGUUGGUAACUUUAAAGAAAAAUUAUGCGAAAUGUAUGUAAAUGGUCAAAGAGAUAAAUUAUAA